UAUAAAUGCCAGGACCAUCUGCAGUCGAAGCAGGCAGCGGUUUCGAGCACCGACUUCUUCUUCACUUACACACGAUGAUGGCGCUUCAGAUUUUCUCUCUUCCGAAUGUUUGCUCCAAGAGGAUUCCUGCUCAGGUCCCUCGUUCGGCGAGUGCCAAAGCUGCCGUAUCUCAAGGGGGACGGAGAUCACCCCAGUAUCAGCCGACUCUCUGGACUUACGAUUACCUCCAAUCCCUGCCAAUUGGUGUCCAUCGUCGUGUGGUCGAGCAGCAAAAUGGAAGAGUGCAAAUGCUGGAACAAGAAGUGAGGAGCGCCAUGAACGACGAAAAUGCCGAACUCUCCACCAUACUCGCUCUGGUCGAUGACAUUCAACGACUGGGACUAAUCUUUCUCUUCGAGGAAGACGUAAAGAGAGCUCUUCACAGAUACCACUCUCUGGAUGGAGGUUACAAGAACAGAGACCAGAAGACCCUUCAUGGAACAGCUCUCUUCUUUAGGAUUCUGAGACAAAAUGGCUUCGAAGUUUCUCCAGAUGUUUUCUGGAUUUUCAUGGACGAGCAAGGAACAUUUAUGGAGAGCCUCGGCCGUGACGUUGAAGGGCUGUUGAGUUUAUACGAAGCUUCGCAUUUGGCCUUCGAAGAAGAAGAUAUCUUGCACGAGGCUAAGGCAUUUGCCAUCGAGCAUCUUAAACGCCUCAACAAUAUCGAUGUCAGCAAAGAUCUCGAAUAUUUCCAAGUGAACUGGGGGUUGGCACUGCCCCUGCACCUGAGAAUGCCAUUGCUGGAAGCUCGACGGUCCAUUGAAGCUUAUAGCACCCGGAGAGACGCAGAUCGUCGGCUGCUGGAACUGGCCGUGUACAAUUUCAACAUGGUGCAGUCUAUUCUCCAAAGAGAUCUUCAGGAGAUGUCGAGAUGGUGGAACGAUGUUAGCCUGGCAAACAAGUUGAGCUUUGCAAGAGAUCGACUGAUGGAGUGCUUCUUCUGGACGGUCGGAAUGGCCUACGAGCCUCAGUUCAGCAAUCUCCGUAGAGGGCUAACGAAAGUGACCGCACUCGUGACCACCAUCGAUGAUGUGUACGAUGUUUAUGGUAGUUUGGAUGAAUUGGAGCUAUUCACAGAUGCUGUACACAGAUGGGAUGUCGAUGCCGUGUCGAAUCUUCCAGGCUGUAUGAAGCUUUGCUUCCUAGCUCUCUACAAUGCCGUGCACGAGAUGGCUUACGACGUCCUCAAGCAGAAUGGAGAAAAUAUCAUCCCGUGUCUAACAAAGGCGUGGAGUGACAUGCUCAAAGCCUUCCUGCAAGAGGCGAAGUGGAAGCACAACAAGGUCACCCUGACGUUCGAAGAAUACAUGAACAAUGGCUGGAUCUCAGUCUCCGGACUCGUCAUAUUGAUUCAUGCUUUCUUUCUAUCGACCCCGCACAUUAGAAAGGAGGAACUAGAAUUGAUCGAGACUUACGGCCAUGAUCUCUUGAAGUCGCCGUCCAUUAUUUUCCGCCUCUGCAACGAUCUCGGUACCUCGUCGGCCGAGCUAGAGAGAGGAGAAACGGCAAAUUCGAUCCUAUGCUACAUGCAAGACACCGGGGUGUGCGAGAAUGUUGCUCGCGAGCACAUUAAGGAACUGAUCGACACAGCAUGGAAGAAGAUGAACAGAUAUCAAGUCAACAACUCUUUGUUUGGAAAAUCAUUCGUACGUUUGGCUUUCAACCUAGCCCGAAUAGCUCACUAUACAUACCAAGAUGGAGAUGCACAUGGCGCUCCAAAUGAUAGAUCGAAGUACCGUAUCCACUCAUUAUUGAUUGAUCCCAUUUCUCUGGAGUAGAUUUGUCAAAAUAGGUCAUGGACUCAUUUCUUAACCCAUAUUUUAUGGGCAUUUUAAGGGUUAGUUAUGUUAGGAAAUGGGUUGUAAAUGGGUUUAUAAUAGCAAUGCCCAAAAAAAUAUGGAUGUCUAGUUGGUUUCGUGAUAUACCCAAAUCCAACCUAUACUUGGGACAAGCAAUGCUAGAACAACGGUGCCAUUAUUGCUCGAAGAUGACGGUGCAAUUUCAACCGUUACUUUUGCUUCAAGUGGAACUGGUUACUGGAUUUGUUUAAAUAUGAAGAAAAGGAAAAUUGUUCAA